AUGGAUAGUAACAGGGACGAAGAGGAACCGUUUGUUGUUGCUGCUUCUGUUCAUAAUUCGGAGAUUCAGACCACUCUCAACACUAAGGAUGAUCUGGGCACGAUUUCCCUAGGGAUACUGUAUGUGUCUUUCACAUUCUUCUCUUUAGUUGCUUCUUUGGUGGUUCGAUUUCUGGGGUCAAAGAAUGCUGUGCUUCUCGGUACUUCUGGUUAUUGGCUAUUCAUUGCUGCCAAUUUGAAGCCCAAUUGGUAUACAAUGGUGCCAGCUUCUUUGUACCUUGGCUUUGCUGCUUCAAUAAUAUGGGUUGGACAGGGUACAUAUCUCACUUCCACGGCUCUCAGUCAUGCAAGAGAUUGCCACUCACAUGAAGGAACUGUCAUUGGCAACUUCAAUGGAGAAUUUUGGGGAUUGUUUGCUAGCCACCAGUUUGUUGGAAAUCUGCUCUCUCUUGCUAUUCUGAGAACUGGAACCGUAUGUGCUAUUCUUCUGGAGGGAAGUACCAGCAGCAUAACUUUAUUGUUCCUUGUGUUUCUUUGUAGUAUGACCUUAGUAUCCCUGUUGAAGUCAGUUAUCACUCCAUUGCUUGAUAUACGGAUGCUAUUGACCAUCCCCUUGAUUGCAUAUUCAGGAUUACAACAAGCAUUUGUGUGGGCUGAAUUCACCAAGGAAAUUGCAACUCCAGCACUUGGUGUAUCUGGUGUUGGAGGUUCAAUGGCUGUAUAUGGUGCUUUUGAUGCAAUAUGUUCACUCGCUGCUGGAAGACUCACCUCUGGUAUUUUUUCAAUCACUUGGAUUGUCUCUGCUGGACUUUUUCUUCAGGCUGUUGUAUUUCUCUGGAUUCUGCUAAAAUACAGUGUAACUAGUGGGUUGCUUGGCAUCUUAUACCCACUUCUCAUGGCAGCCAUGUUGGGCAUUGGUGAUGGAGUAUUCAAUACACAACUUAAUGCUUUGCUUGGAAUACUUUUCAAGCAUGAUACGGAAGGAGCAUUUGCACAGCUCAAGCCCGUACAUCUCGCUGCAGGUGAUGCUGGCCAUUAUGCUUGCAGCACUGUUUGUAGCAGCUGGCGGAUUUUUGGUAUUGACUCUCCAGAUAGAGAAAGCUUUCUCCUCUCCAAGUUGAUGAUUUUAUCGAAGCUGUCGUAUGGUGAAGUAGUUGAGAUGAUGUCUUUCCCCUUCACUUAUCUCCGCCGUAGGCUUUCAUGGCCUCUGAUAUUCUAUUCUGCUACAUGGACGUCUCUCCUAACACUGACAGUGGCAGUGGCCUCAUUCUCCCCUGAAGUUGCUUUUGUAGCAACAAUAUCUUCGUUUUCGCUAGGGUGUGAACAGGAGGGAACUGUUAGAGUUCCACUAGACGUGCCAGGAGAGAUCAUGUGCUUGCCCGCUCACCUCUUCAAAAGGUCCACCGUCACUGAUUCCAUUGUUUCUCUCCUCUUUGCAGCGCUAGUGGUGGUUGUCUCUGCUUGGGUGGUUCGAGCCAUGGGCUUGUGGGAGGACGAUGAGGCCACCCUCUUAUGA